GUACUUUCCGCCGGCUUAGGGAGGACAAGCUUAGGCGGUCGAUCGUCAGGUUUACUUUGGAUUAGAUUUGGACUGACCAUCCUGUCGACUGAAAGGUUCUGAGAUGUAGUACCCGAUGAAACAGUUUUGGAACGGAUACAUCAGGAGUGCGAAGAUGUGAAACUUUUUCUAAGAAAGCAAGGCCUGAAAAACAAAAUAUAUUGAACCUAAUCAUUGUCCUGGAAGAAUCAAGACUUGAAAGCACGACGAUGACAAUGGCGACCACAUUCUCGCGAUUUCUCGCGAUGUUUACCGUGACGACAGCUCUGAAUUACAUCCUCCUCUGCGCGGGUUCGCAGCAGCCCUGUCCGGAUUGCGCCGCUGAGCCGGGAAAUUCCCACGUCUCCGAGCAGGAAACGAUUCUCACGGACUUCUGGACGCGAGUCAAGACCGCCGUGGCGAACACCGAGCAAGAACUGAAGCAGAGAGACGUCCCACCACCCAACCGGGGGUACUGGGUCAGGCUGGGCGAACAUAACCUGCAUAGUUUCGAAGACGAGCUCUCUUUGAUGUUUGCUUCACACAUUCUCUCCAAUCUCUUCCAUAACAGGAGGGUAAACGAAGAGAGGGGCGAGGUGGGAAUUCCACAGGAGGUGCAAGACACGAUUGCCAACUUAACGGAGAGAGUUUACAACUUGGAGGCCGACCUGCAACAGGCCAUCGCAUCAAAUCACUACCUGAACUCCCAGGUCAGAGACCUCUCCAGCGAGGUCUCGCGAUACGAGACGAGGUCUCACGAGAAUUCGAAGAAGCUGAGGCCGAAGUACCAGCGACAGAUCAAGCGACUGUCGAAGACCGUCUCCGAGCUCGGGCAGGGGCUGGAGAGGGAGAGGCACAGAUCGCAGCUUCUGGAGGACGAGCUAGCGCUGUUCGAGAAGCGGCAACAGGACACUGAGAAUAAGUUGAUCGAGCUGUAUCGGCUGGUGGAUUCUCCCACUCCGCCAGCGCCGGAGGAAGAGGAAACUUCGACACCGCCAACUGAGGAGUCAUCAAACGACUAUGAUUACGACUUAGUGGGAAAGGCGCACAGACCUGUGGGAUACCGCUAGGCAUAUUAACAAUAGGCUUUGUACUAUCAUAAGGUUAAGAGUAUCAUUGAAUUUUGUCAGUGAGUAAAUUGUAUAUGUAAUUUUUCAUCAAAAUGAUACAUGAUAACAGUUUUCAAUCGAGUACAAAUUGAAAAAAAUUGAUUCCACAGAGAAGAUAUAAAGUUCUGCAUUUUCUGUAUCUAAUACAAUAUAUCUAUAAAGUCAACACAAGCGCUAUUGGGGAAAUUCCAUUACUAUAUGUCAAACACAAACGUAUAGUUCUAGAUCUCUUGCCUUUUAACAUCUCAAAGACAAAAAACUUCUGCAAGCUUGUUAGAAUGCCACAUACACGUAGACUACUAUUGGUAAGUAAUCAGUUCCCCAUCAAUUGUUUUCAACAAUAUGAUAGCCACAUGUAACAAGUAUCAUACUACCUGUAAAUGCAUAUGAAUAUGGCAGCAUGUAUUUUCUAGAAUAUGAAUAAGUCAAACCUAUGUAUGUAUAUCAUUGAAAUUAUAAAAGCUCAUGACAAUUACACUGAUGACGGCGUAGUUUUGCCUGGUUAUUAAAAUGCGAUAUUACGAUAAUUACGCACAACUCACUUCGUGUCAUUGUCUACGUGUAAACAUCACUUUUACCAUA